CCUCCCUCCUUCAGAGAGGUAAGCGGCGGCUUCAGAACUUCCUGUCCAGCUCUGCGGACCCGGAGGCGGAUCUCGAGCGCAUAGCUUUCUCAUCAUGGCCUCAUCGUCUACUCCAAAGUACAAUUCCCACUCAUUGGAAAAUGCUUCAAUCAGAAGGACUCCCAGAGAUGGCGUUAACCAAACUCUCGUUGAUGGCACCAACCAGGCAAACGAUGAAAUACCAACCCUUCCAGGAGAGACCCUUGUUACAGACAAAGAUGUAAUCUACAUGUGCCCAUUUAAUGGAGCAAUAAAAGGAAGAUUACAUGUCACAAACUAUAAAUUGUUCUUCAAAGGUGAGGACACGGAGCGGCCGGUGAUGUUCAGUGUUCCUCUUGGUGUUAUUGCACGGAUAGAGAAGAUGGGUAAUGCAUCUAGUAGAGGAGAAAAUUCAUAUGGUCUGGAUAUAACUUGCAAAGACAUGAGAAAUCUGCGAUUUGCUCUGAAGCAAGAAGUGCACAGCAGAAAGCAGAUAUUUGAAGAUCUCACAAAGUAUGCUUUUUCCCAGUCAUACGGCUUGCUGUUUUUUGCAUUUCAAAAUGAAGAGAAGUUUCCAGAGAAUUGCUGGUCAGUGUAUGACCCAAUGAAUGAGUUUCGCAGACAGGGUCUGCCCAACAGUCAGUGGAGAAUAACAUUUAUAAACAAGAAUUAUGAACUAUGUGAUACCUACCCACAACUCUUGGUGGUCCCGUAUGAUGCCAGUGAUGAUGAUCUCAAAAAGGUUGCUGCUUUCAGAUCCAGAAACAGAAUUCCUGUUUUGUCGUGGUUGCAUCCAGACAAUCUGUCCGUUAUCAUGAGGUGUAGCCAGCCUCUGGUGGGAAUGAGUGGCAAACGAAACCGAGACGAUGAAAAAUAUCUGGAUAGUAUAAGAGAGGCCAACGGACAGACUUCCAAAUUGACCAUCUAUGAUGCCAGACCUAAUGUUAAUGCUGUGGCAAACAAGGCCACUGGGGGAGGUUAUGAGAGUGAAGAUGCCUACCAGAAUGCAGAGCUAGUCUUUCUUGAUAUUCACAACAUUCAUGUUAUGAGAGAAUCCUUAAAGAAAUUGAAAGAUAUAGUCUAUCCAAAUGUAGAGGAGUCACACUGGCUGUCAAGUCUUGAGUCCACUCACUGGUUGGAACAUAUUAAGUUGGUCUUGACCGGAGCAAUCCAGGUAGCGGAUAAAGUUGCCUCCGGGAAGAGUUCUGUUGUCGUGCACUGUAGUGAUGGCUGGGAUCGAACCGCACAGCUCACCUCACUCGCAAUGCUGAUGUUGGACAGUUAUUAUAGGACUAUAACUGGCUUUGAGGUGCUGGUGCAGAAGGAGUGGAUUAGCUUUGGACACAAGUUUUCAUCCAGAAUAGGACAUGGAGAUAAAAAUUACACCGAUGCAGACAGGUCCCCCAUUUUCCUGCAGUUUAUUGAUUGUGUGUGGCAGAUGUCCAAACAGUUUCCAACAGCAUUUGAAUUUAAUGAAUACUUUCUGAUCACCAUUCUGGAUCACCUGUAUAGCUGUAGGUUUGGCACAUUCUUGUACAAUUGUGAAUCGCUCCGAGAUAAAGAAAAAGUGAGAGAGAAGACUCAAUCCUUGUGGUCUUUGAUAAACAGUGAAAAAUCAAAACAUACAAAUCCAUUUUAUACAAAAGAGCUGAACAGAGUUUUGUAUCCUGUCGCUAGCAUGCGUCACCUGGAACUUUGGGUCAAUUACUACAUUAGAUGGAACACAAGGAUCCGGCUGCAACAACCAAAUCCUGUGGAACAGCGUUACAUGGAGUUGUUAGCGUUACGUGAUGAUUAUGUCAGAAGACUUGAAGAACUGCAGAUCACAAAUUCACCGAAAAUAAACAGCUCCUCCACUUCCCCCUCUUCACCUUCACAGCUGAUGUCCCAAUUACAGACUCCCUUUUGAACAGAUAACACUGUCUGUAUGAAGUAAAAUUGCAAACUGCAGUAUUGUUAUCCCAAGGCCGUUUUGAAUGAUGCCUUACUUUCAAUGAAACUUGAUCCUUCCCGGUUGAAUAGAAAUGUGCCUUUCUAGAUCAAGAAAUACCAGCAUCCUUUUACCAUGAUGUACUGGUCUGCAGUUGUCCUCAUACAAUAUAUGGGAAGGAGUCUGUGGAUGAUGUUUCACACCAUCUCAUUGCACCUUGGAUUGAAUUGAUCAUUGUAAGCAAUCCAACUUGUUUUACAGUUUUGCUUUGCAUUCACCUGCAAAAGAAAGACUCUUCUAACCUUUUGUAGGUAGUUUAAAUGCUUUACAUUUCUCUUCAAAGCACAAACGUACUUAUCUGUGUCUACAAGUAACAGGCCAACGUAUUGUGUUUAUUG